UCCACCUCUAGUCAGUUUUCUAUUUUGGUCCGUUCGCUGUUUUAUUUAUGUUUGCCAUGUUAGAAAAAAUUAAUUGAUAGUGCUUAAAGAGGUAGACAGAGGUCCCAAGUGCGCUCCGAGCGGGAUUGCCUCGAAAAAGCCAAAGACGCGGCGCAGCCCCAAGGCGAAAGUUGAAAUCGCAACGGAAAUGGAAAAUCGUGCAGUUUCCACUUGCAAUAAAUAGUGAAAAAGUGUGCUUCUCGGUAUCUCGGGGGUAUUUAACUCAAUUGUGUAUAUAAUUGAGGGUGUAAUAUAGCUGGGGAGCGGCCAAGAAAACGAGUGGGCGUCGGAGAAGCCACUAUUACUCACUUUUCUAUUUCUGCUCGCCGAACGACAACGAACAACAACAAACAGAGCAACAAAUGUUUGUUAAACAGCUCCCAGCUGAAAGUUGAAGAAAUCUAGAGCGGACCUGUGACAGCGCCGACAAUGGAGCAGCCACUGGUGGUGCAGGCAGAGUACUCCUUCAUGGGCAGCAACAACGAUGAGCUGUGCUUCCAGAAGGGCGACAUCAUCACGGUGACCCAGCGCGAGGACGGCGGCUGGUGGGAGGGAACACUCAACGACAAGACUGGCUGGUUCCCCAGCAACUAUGUCAACGAAUGCAAAGGCCAGCUGCCCCUGGCAGAGACCAUCCGGCCGCCGGAGGAGAUCCAGGAGUAUCGCUCGGUGGUCCUCAAAGAUCUCCUCGACUCGGAGCGGGCGCAUGUGGCCGAGCUGCAGGGCCUACUCGAGAACUUCCUGGAGCCCAUGCAACAGACACAGAUACUCAGCCAGGACGAGUAUGCCCAGCUGAUGUGCAACUUUGUGGAGAUUGUGCGCACCCACGAGGAGCUGCUCAUCCAGAUCGAGGAGUGCAACGACCGGGUGGGCAAGCUCUUCCUCACCAGUGCCCCGCUGAUGAAGAAGGUACACCAGGCCUACUGUGCCUCCCACCCCAAGGCCAUAGUUAUCCUGGACAAGUACAAAGAUGAUCUUGAAAAGUAUAUGGAAAGGCAGGGAGCAGCCACACCGGGCCUACUAGUGCUCACCACCGGCCUCUCGAAGCCUUUCCGCCGUCUGGACAAGUACUCGGCCAUGCUGCAAGAGCUGGAGCGGCACAUGGAGAGCAGCCACCCCGAUCGCGGUGACACCCAACGCAGUGUAGCCGUCUACAAGGACAUAGCGGCCACCUGCUCGGCCACACGACGCCAAAAGGAGCUCGAGUUACAGGUGCUGACAGGGCCAGUGCGAGGCUGGCAAGGUCAGGAGCUGAGCACCCUCGGCGACAUCAUACACAUGGGCAGUGUGGCGGUGGGAGCCGACCACCGUGAUCGGUACUUUGUACUCUUCCCACAGACCCUGCUCUUCCUGAGCGUCAGUCAGCGCAUGAGUGCCUUCAUCUAUGAGGGCAAACUACCUCUGACUGGGAUCAUUGUUAACCGCCUGGAGGACACGGAUGCCAUUAAAAACGCCUUCGAGAUCAGCAGCCCCCUGAUAGAUCGCAUUGUGGCCGUCUGCCAGGGACCCAACGAGGCCAACAAGUGGGUGGAGCUGCUGAACGCCAACAAUCCCACCCUGCCGAUGGGCAUCAAGCGCCAGCUGAGCAACCUGAGCAACUCCUCGCUGGGCCACCUGAACGCCUCCCACCUGAGCCAGCACCUGGAUUCGCGCGGCUACUGCACGCGGUUCUCGCUCUGCGCCUACUACUCCAGUCCACCUGUCCAGGCGCCUCCCCUGCGCUUGACCCUGCCGCCCAAGAACUAUCCGCCCACGGCGCCGUACGCCAACCUGAGCGCCCACUUUGCCAGGCUGGUGAAGGGCGGUGGCCUCCGGAGUGCCAUCGUGAAGAUGCUCCUCUAUCCGCAGGCUCGCCAGAGCAUUGAUCUCAAGCGGAUAGCGUUGCGGAAGAAGCGGUGCCACAAGGCCGCAGCCAAGCUGAAGAACCUCAAUGGCAAUCAGGACUCGGGGCAGUCGGAGCUGGAGCGGCAGGACGCCAUUGAGCUGCCCACCGACUCGGAGAGCUACGAGGAUGACUUCGAGGAUGGGGACUUUCUGCAUUCCUGUGACUCGGAUCCGUUUGAGUAUGUCCAGUUCUACCAGAACAAGCGUAACGAUUCCAUGUGCAACUCCACGGGCACCUUUGUUGACCAUGGCACGGCUGCCAGGCGGCACUGCUCCUCCAUUAAUCUCAUCAAGCUGGACUCUGUAGACCCGGAUGAAGUGUUGGCACAGAACGAACUCAAGAAGGAGUCUCUUGUCAUUGGUUCCAGGGCUCUGAGAGCCUUGGCCCACAAAUCCCUCAAUCGAAAUUCCAGCGUGCACACCUCCACGGCCACCUUGGAGCUGGGGACUGGCGGCAGCAUCACCAACCGCGUGGAGGAGGAGGAGGAAGAGGAGGAACCAGUUGGGAAGAUGCAGCCAUCCUUUUCGCUUCAACAGCAGAGCUCCGAUGCCAGUUCCAUGUAUGCAGCGCGGUUGGGCGGAGCCUUCACCGCCUGCGAGAACCUGGCCAGCAUGCCGGACGAUCUCAGCCGGGAACCGGGCGGCCAGGAGCCGGCACAGCCCCUCCCAGCCUCUCCGACAGAACGCCACAGCAUGCCCAGCAUUUUUGUGGGCAACCGCUUCAAUGUCAGCAAGAACACGGAGGUGUACGUGCCCACCUGGCGGGAUCGCCAGGAGAUGCAGAACCAGAGUGUGGAUGCUGGGCAGCUGGACGAGGAGGAGGAGCUGCACUCCAGUUCCAUGGACCUGCCUGCCGCCUGUCGCACUGCCCCGGAUAAGCUCCAAGCAGAGUUGCUGUACAAUUACGAGGAGGUGAUGCACAAUCCCCUGAAGCUGCAGCGGGAGGCCACUCCCUUCCAGGGCCACCAUCUCAACUCGGACAAGCGGGUGUCCCACAAGAGCGACAGUCCCUCGACGGGCAAUCCCAAGCCGGACUCGAGUGCAGCCCUCCGAAGCAGUUCCACCACCGAACUCUGCAUCGAGACUGCCUCCAAGAAGCGAAACCCACCGCCGGAGAGGAGUAGAGACUCCAUCCGGCGCUGCAUAAGCUACCAGUUCCUGCAGAUGUCCAAUCGCCCAGCUCCACCUCCGCCACCCCCACGACGCGACAAAGACCUGCACCUGGACACCAAAUGCCGCUGCUGUGAGAGCUCCCAGUGCCCCAGUCCGCGCUCCAGUGACAGUGGAAUGGCUGGCAGCUGCACCAUCACCUCGCCAGAUCCCCCCAAUCCAGAGGCAUACUUCCCACUGACCGAAACCGGCCAGGAUAUGCUGGACAAUGUGGAGCCGGAGCGAUUCGAUGUGUGUGGCAUGUUCAGGGAAAAGUUCCUGACCCCAGAGGCCACGCAGGAUGAGGAAGUGGGGCCUCCGGAGGAGAAAGAGGAGCACCAACCGCUGCCGGAAGAGCCCACCACUCCCACCAACCGCAAGGAGGACUCCCCCUGCAUUAGUUCCGCCCAAGUGCAGGUCAAUUCCAGGAGUAUAUUCCUGCCCUCCAGCUCGAGCAUGGACGAAACCCACCGCAAUCCGAACUCCAAUGAUCUCCUCUUCAGCUCCAGCUCCACGGACCGUCUGGGGCAGCAGGAAACCUUCCGCUCUGGCAUGUAUGCCCACUGGUGGAAGAAGGAGCGCCUUCCACCGGAGGUGGUGCGCGGCAUAGCCCAUGCCUACAACAAGAGCCUGACCUCCAAGGACUCGAAGGACUCGGGAUCCGUGUGCUCCAGCUGCUACUGUUCGCUGGGGGCGGGAGGGUAUAGCGAGGGCGCUCUGUACUGUUCCAUUUGUGCAGAUUUCUAUGGCGGAAGCACCACCAGUACCACAAACACCACAACGACCACCUCCAGCUGCCCGCUGUGUAGCGAGGAUGAGGGCAUGAUAGCCUCCAGCCACGACUCGUCCUCGCUGGAAUGUGCCAUAUGUGCGGGCCGUGUUGCUUCGACGGCCGAAGAAGAUGUCGCCACCAACGAGCCACAGCAUGCUGCUGCCACCGGGCGUCCGUCCGCCAACGACGCCAUCCAACAUACCGGGCAGCGGCAACAGCGGGAGCAACAGCCACCAGGGCUCACCGGCCACCAACUCGAUGUCACAACACAAACGGAGCCAGUCGUUCAACCACCAUCUCAGCUACAAUCAGUACACGCCCACUCAGCCUCCACCACAUCAUCUGCAUCCACCACAACCACCAAGUCUGCCAAGUCAUCUGGGGCCGGUCGUCCCCAGAUUAAGUUCAGUCCAGACACCAAACAGCAAGACAGCAGCUCCAGUCACGGGGUCAGCCAUGGACGGCAGUCCAGCGGCGCUUCAGGCAGCAGCAGCAGCGGCACAGGGGGGGCCAAACGCAAGGAAAGGAAGCACAAAGGGUGA